CCAUCAAAAGAAACCAUGGCAAAUCCUCAUAUUGAAGCAUUCGAAUAUCUCGAUGUCCUCACUAAAACCGGUAAAAAAACCGGCAUUUCCAAGCCCAGGGGAGAUGUCCAUCGUGAUGGGGAUUACCAUCGAGCAGUCCAUGUUUGGAUUUUUUCUGAGAGUACGCAGGAAUUGCUUCUCCAAAAACGUGCUGACUGCAAGGACUCCUGGCCAGGGUUGUGGGAUAUCUCCAGUGCUGGCCAUAUAUCUGCUGGUGAUUCAUCACUGAUAACAGCACAGAGGGAACUUCAAGAAGAACUAGGGGUGAUCCUCCCAAAAGAUGCAUUUGAGUUGAUCUUCGUUUUUCUUGAAGAAUGCGUCACAAACAAUGGCAAAUUCAUCAAUAAUGAAUACAGCGAUGUAUACCUAGUAACAACUCUAGAUCCAAUUCCUCGAGAAGCCUUUACACUUCAGGAUACUGAAGUCUCUGAUGUAAAAUACAUUUCUGUUAGGGAAUAUAGAAGUCGCCUAGCUGAAGCGGAUCCUAAAUAUGUUCCUUAUGAUGUAAAUAAACAAUAUGGUCUUCUCUUUGAUAUAAUUACAAAAAGGUACAAAGAGAACAAUGAGGCACGCAGUCAAGUUCUACAAAAGCAACUUCGUCGUUAUGCUCCUGUUUCUCUGACUGCAGAGUUGACAGGGCUUAACGAUGCUGACAUGGAGGCUUUGGUAUUACUUAUUAAGGCUGCAAUGAUUAUGGAUGAAAUCUUUUAUGUGCAGGUGUGGUACAGCAAUCCAGUUCUAAGAGAAUGGUUAAAGGAGCAUGCUGAUGUUUCUCAAUUGGACAGCUUGAAAUGGAUGUAUUAUUUAAUUAAUAAGAGUCCAUGGUCCUGCCUUGAUGAAAACGAGGCAUUCUUAACAACUGCAGAUUCAGCAAUAAAGCUCCUUCCUGAAGCCACAAAGCCAAUCACUGGGUGGAAGGGUGUACAGUACAGAGCUGCAUUUCCAAUGCUAAAACCUUCUGGUGCAAACUUCUACCCUCCGGACAUGGAUAAAAUGGAAUUUGAAUUAUGGACUAAAAGUCUAAACUUGGACCAGCAACAGGAUGCAAUGAGUUUUUUCACUGUUAUUAGAAGGCACAGUCAAGUAAACUGGGACUCUUCGCUUUACAAUCAUAUAUUUGAUGGAACACAUCUUUCAUCAGGGUCUACUUGUGAUCUUUAUAGCAUUGCUUACUCCCAAGAGUAUCAUUCUUUCCUGACAAUAGCUUCUGAUCUGUUGCAUAAAGCCGGGGACCUUGUCGGUUCUCCUAGUUUGAAGAGGUUGCUCCAUAGCAAGGCUGACGCCUUCCUUUCAAAUGACUAUUAUGACUCCGAUAUAGCUUGGAUGGAAUUGGAUUCUAUGUUGGAUGUCACCAUCGGUCCAUACGAAACAUAUGAAGAUUCAUUGUUUGGGUACAAGGCUACAUUCGAAGCAUUUAUUGGAGUUCGGGAUGAAAAAGCAACUGCUCAACUUAAAUUGUUUGGUGAUAACUUGCAGGUUUUGGAACAAAAUCUUCCUAUGGAUGAUGCAUAUAAAUCAAAGGAUAUUAUCGCAGCUCCAAUUCGUGUUGUCCAACUUCUUUUCAAUUCAGGGGAUGUGAAGGGCCCUCAGACUAUUGCUUUUAAUCUGCCAAAUGAUGAGCGUAUAGUAAAAGAUCGAGGAACAGCAAUGGUUAUCCUUAAGAAUGUUUCUGAAGCAAAGUUCAAAGAGAUUCUUCGUCCCAUAGCUGAUGCAUGUGUUGCAAAGGAACAACAUGAACUCGUUGAUUUUGAGUCUUUCUUCACUCACACAAUCUGCCAUGAGUGCUGCCAUGGGAUUGGACCUCAUACCAUAAUCCUUCCUGAUGGCCGAAAGUCUACUGUUAGAUUGGAGCUUCAAGAUUUACACUCGGCUUUGGAAGAAGCAAAAGCUGACAUAGUGGGCCUUUGGGCACUGAAAUUUCUAAUCAGACAGCAUUUACUUCCAAAUAAUCUGGAAAAAUCCAUGUAUGUUUCCUUCCUUGCGGGAUGCUUUCGCUCUGUUCGGUUUGGCUUGGAGGAAGCUCAUGGAAAAGGUCAAGCAUUACAAUUUAACUGGUUAUUGGAAAAGGAAGCCUUUGUUUUUCAUCCCGAUGAGACAUUUUCUGUUAAUUUUGAUAAGAUUGACGAAGCAGUUGAAAGCUUGAGUACGGCUAUACUCACCAUACAGGCUAAGGGUGACAAAGAAGGUGCAAGUUUGCUUCUGCAGAAAUACUGCAUCAUGACACAGCCAUUGAAAGUUGCAUUGCGAAAGUUGGAAUCCAUUAAUGUGCCCGUCGAUAUAGCUCCCACAUUUCCUGUAGCUAAAAGCUUGUUGGAAUGAAGAAUGCUGUUAUGUGGUUUGGACAGAUAACAAUGCUGCUUAUAAUUUACAAAU